UUCAGCUAAACUGAGUCACGGAUAAUGUCAGAUCAUAUUCUGCAUUAUUAUAAAAAUAAAGAUGCAAUCAUGCAACCAUCGGUGUGACAUUGAAUACACAAUUGCUUGGCAUCUCUGAAACCAGGUAAGUGAAAACCAAAAUGGUGUCACCGACAGUUGAACUUCUGAAGAGUGAGAUUCCUCUGGAGCAGGAAUCAGUGGUUUUAGCUGAAGAUACUAUAAAUGGUCUGGUUCUUGUGGACAUCAUAAAUGGCUUCUGCACAGUUGGUGCUGGAAAUCUGGCUCCAAGAGAAUCCAAUAGACAGAUUUCGGGAAUGAUCAAUGAGUCAGCAAGGCUAGCUAGAGUGUUCUGUGAGAAGAAAUUACCAGUUAUGGCUUUCCUGGAUUCUCACCAUCCUAACAAGUCAGAGGAUCCUUAUCCCCCUCACUGUAUUAUUGGUUCUGAUGAAUCAAACCUGGUUCCAGCGUUAAGAUGGCUAGAGAAUGAACCCAAUGUAACAAUCAGGCGAAAGGACUGUUUCGAUGGAUAUUUGGGCUCAAUUGAAGAGGAUGGUUCUAACGUUUUUGUAGAUUGGGUGAAGAAAAAUAACAUAACAACUCUGGUGGUUGUAGGUGUAUGCACAGAUAUCUGUGUUCUAGAUUUUGUAUGCUCCACAAUGUCAGCUAAGAACCGUGGUUUUCUGGAGCCUCUAGAAAAUGUGGUGGUGUAUUCACGUGGCUGUGCUACCUUUGAUAUCCCUCUCGAGGUAGCCAGAAGCACCAAAGGAGCUUUAACACAUCCUCAGGAGUUUAUGCAUCACAUGGGUCUGUAUAUGGCCAAAGAACGAGGAGCCAAGAUAGCAAAUGAAGUUUUAUUUGGAGCAGCAGAGAAAGCAUAACAACCGUGUUGUGUGCUUCUGAACCAGCCAUCUAAGAUAGUUAUAUAAGGUUGGUACAAUAAGGUGAAAAUGAUCGUGUGGCGGCGAUCCACCAUCAGUAUUACAUAUCAUAUGUAAAGUAUAAAAUGUAUCUUUAGACUCAAUCCUUUCUUCCCCCAAAUCCUUUUAAUAUACCCAGUUGUGAAAUCCGAUUUGAAUUAAGAUUCAGAUAUGAAUUGAGUAAAA